AUGACCACUUACACUUCCGUGGCACUAUCAGGAGCAGAAUGCUGCCGGUUGGAUUUAAGAGCACGCGACAAAAUCGAUCUCACGCAGUCUUGGACAUCUGUAACGAAAGAAGUGAGCGAGAUACCGAUCCAAACAUAUUUCCUAUUUGUACUCCUGCGUGCACCAAUGGUGGUAUCUGUCGCCGUAUUGACAAUGAUUUGUCGUCCCAGUGUCUAUGCCCACUGGAUUAUGAGGGGCAGGCCUGUGAGAAAAGUAAGUGCAGAAUAUCAUAAACGAGAGAUUCAGUUGAGUCUCUCGUGA